GGGCGGGGCGGGCAGCGAAGCCCCCGGCAGCGGCCCCGGCCCCGAGCCGCGCUCGCCCUUCGCGAGCACCGGGCAGCAGCAGCAGCAAUAGCAGCAGCAGCAGCAGCAGCAGCAGCAGCAGCAGCAGGAUGUUCCUCAAGCUGGCCGUGGUGGUGCAGGUGCUGUCGCUGAUGGCCAGCCGCGGGCACGGCUUCCCGAAACCCGGGGGCAAAGAUAAAGCUAUACACAACAGACAAUUAAGUGUAGAAAGACCUUUGGAGGAACAGAUUGCCGAAGCUGAGGCAGACAAGAAUAGGAAAAUAGUUCCCACAGAAAAUAAGCCAGAGUUCAGGAAUUAUUCCUUUGCUGAUGACUUGAAUCUGCUAAAGUCAGUAGCAGAAAGAGAGAGGAAUGAAAAAGAAAGGGAAUCAAUUAGAAGCUCUUUGUAUGAACAGCAAUUGGCCAUUGAUGAUGCAGACUCUACCAAGAACCGCAGGGUCGUGGAUGACUAUGACUCUACUAAAGGUGGACUGGAUUAUAAAUUCCAAGAUGAUCCAGAUGGCCUUCAUCAAUUAGAUGGCACUCCUUUGACUGCUGAAGACAUAGUUCAAAAAAUUGCUACGCGAAUCUAUGAGGAAAAUGAUAGAGGAGUGUUUGACAAGAUCGUUUCAAAACUUCUAAGUCUGGGGCUAAUCACAGAGAGCCAGGCCUAUACCCUAGAAGAUGAAGUGGCAGAGGUUUUACAACAGCUAAUUGCAAAUGAAGCAAAGGAUCGUGAGAAGGAGUCUGAAGAUUUUGAUUACCCUCCAAGCAGAGCAGACAGUGAUACAAAGGAAAAGCAACAGGAAAAAAUGACAUCAAGCAAGACUGAUCAGGAUAGUUUCAGUAACGGGGAAAUUGAUGACACAGUGGAUAACACAUGGUCAUCAUCCAGUAUCUUGGAAAGAAGAAAUGAACUGCCUUCUGAAGAUAAUUUUGAAGACCUCCAAUACUUUCCAAACUUCUAUGCACUAUUAAAAAGUCUAAAUUCAGAGACAGAGAUGAAAGAGAAAGAGACCUUGAUAACCAUAAUGAAAACCCUGAUUGAUUUUGUGAAGAUGAUGGUUAAAUAUGGAACAAUCACACCAGAAGAAGGAGUUUCCUAUCUGGAAAACCUAGAUACAAUGAUAGCUGUGCAGACAAAGAAGAAGCUUGAGAAUCCUUCCACUAAAACCAAAACAAAGCUACCAGCAGACAAGAGUAGUGAAGAAGCAGACAGUACAAAGGAAGAAGCAGCUAAAAUGGAAAAGGAAUAUGAAAUCUCAAAGGACUCCACAAAAAAUGAAGAACAAAAUGCAGCAGGAAACAGUGAAGAGCCCAGAGGGAAAACUGAGGCAUAUUUGGAAGCAAUCAGGAAGAACAUAGAAUGGCUAAAAAAACACAACAAACAAGGUAACAAAGAAGCUAUGUAGAAGGGGAGCCGUGACAGAAGGAGAUACACAGGGUAUGCUCACCAGCUGCUCCACUAUUCGACUCUUCCUUGGAGGCAGGACUACAUGAGAGCUGGAGGGAGGAAUCUAACAGCAGCAGGACUUCUAGCUUAUUUUUCACAGAUCUUUAUUUAUCCAUGUCAUGUUUUCCUUCAAGAUCUUAAUAUAAAACCAGCUUCCUAUCCCUUCUCUCUGCUAUUGGUGGGGCUUCAUCUGUCAGCUGCUCUUUAAAUGAAGGUUCCUAGCCAAGGGAUCCAUCCCUGGGGUAUUAGUGGAGCCUGGUGAGAAGAGUCCUUCAUGCACCAGCCAAGCAGAAGGGGAUCUGAGAUAAGAUUAGCCCUGGGUAAUCUAACCACCCUCUCUGUGAGUUGAAGCAUAUAUGAAUUACAUUUCACAGACAAGUGCAUGUCUGCAGCCCAACACAUUAAUUUUCCUAUACAGAAACUCUGCAAUGGGAAGGACUUUUUUUUUUCAAGCCUACGGUUAUUUUUCCGAUCUGAAAACUGUUUCCUCUCAAUGGCAACAACUGCAGUUAGCAGGAGGCAUACACAUUUGCUCAAGAGUUUUCCUGACACUUCUAAUAAACAUUUCUAUUUAUUGGUGUACUCAUUAUAAUCACUAUAUCUCAGUCACAAGUGAUUAUUUCUCUGUAUCACACGUACUGACAGGGCAGCCCCUCGCUCGUCUUCAUAGUAACAUUUCUUCUUGCACUACUGCAGCCUGCAAAUGGCUGUGACUACAGAUCAAUAGCAUUUUAUCUGCCUGGGAAUGCAUUAAGAUGUACGGAUGUUACUACUCCCAGAAAAUGGAUCCACUGUGCUACUACUGAAUGCAUGUCUUUCUGUGUAGAUGGAUUUUCAUUUACACUAAAAUAUCUGUCCUCUGGCAAUGGAAGUGGGCCUUAAAGUCGGCAUAAGUUAUAACAAAACUAGAAUACAGUUCUUACUCUUCUGAUACAUUAUUGUUAUUGUACCUUUUCCUUACUUUUUAUUUUUAUAAAAUGCUAAUUCGGUUCUCCUGGGAUGAUGAUAAAGGAAGUACAGUCAGA